GAAAAUAAAAUAAAAGAACCAAAUCCGGGAUCCAUAUUACACAGGCCCAUUUUAGUAAUUUCAAAUAAAGUCAAGGUCAAUCCUUUUCAGACAAAACCCGCUUUUAUAUUCCCAUCUCCGACCACCGUUGACAAACCCAAACAGCCCCAACUCUUAUCAAACCUCUCUCCUUUGACCUCCGUUGACCACACCCAUGGGCAACUCAUGCAGUUCAGGUCAAUCCUCCGGCGGAUCAGCUAACCCAGGUCACAACCAACGCCCUUCCGGCGCCAAUGGCGGCGGCGUUCAGAUCCUCCCACCCGAUGCUAGACCUUCACCUCCGAGACAAAGACCUCAUUUACCAAACCCAAAACCAGUCUCAUCUACUUCUUCUUCUUCUGGUCCAGCUGGUACCGGAGUCGGCCGCGUGUUGGGCCGGCCGAUGGAGGAUGUCCGGUCAACCUACGUGUUUGGCCGCGAACUAGGUCGGGGUCAGUUUGGGAUUACUUAUCUUGUGACCCAUAAGGAGACUAAGCAACAAUUCGCUUGUAAAUCCAUUGCAGCAAGGAAGCUAAUCAAUCGCGAUGAUAUCGAAGAUGUACGGCGUGAGGUUCAGAUUAUGCAUCAUAUGACUGGUCAUCGGAAUAUUGUUGAGCUUAAAGGUGCUUAUGAGGAUCGACACUCUGUUAAUUUGGUUAUGGAGCUUUGUGCUGGAGGUGAGCUCUUUGAUCGGAUCAUUGCUAAGGGUCAUUACUCUGAACGAGCUGCUGCUAAUCUCUGCCGUCAGAUCGUGACUGUGGUUCAUAAUUGUCAUACGAUGGGGGUUAUGCAUAGGGAUUUGAAGCCUGAGAAUUUUUUGCUUCUUAGUAAAGAUGAGGACUCGCCUCUUAAGGCUACUGAUUUUGGGCUUUCUGUGUUUUUCAAGCCUGGAGAUGUGUUUAAGGAUCUUGUUGGAAGUGCAUACUAUGUUGCCCCUGAAGUUUUGCGCCGGAAUUAUGGUGCUGAGGCAGAUAUUUGGAGUGCUGGUGUUAUAUUGUACAUUCUUCUUAGUGGUGUUCCACCAUUCUGGGGAGAGAAUGAACAAAGUAUCUUUGAUGCUGUUCUUCGAGGACAUAUGGAUUUCUCAUCUGAUCCGUGGCCUUCCAUCUCUAGUAGUGCUAAAGAUCUUGUGAAGAAAAUGCUUUGUUCUGAUCCUAAAGAACGGCUAUCAGCAUUUGACGUCCUAAACCAUCCAUGGAUGAGAGAAGAUGGUGUUGCAUCUGAUAAACCUCUUGAUAUUGCUGUCUUGACUAGAAUGAAACAGUUCAGAGCAAUGAAUAAACUCAAAAAAGUAGCUUUGAAGGUAAUUGCUGAAAAUCUUUCUGAAGAGGAAAUCAUGGGAUUGAAGGAAAUGUUUAAAUCCAUGGACACAGAUAAUAGUGGAACUAUUACAUACGAAGAGUUGAAAGCCGGUUUGCCAAAACUUGGUACCAAGCUUUCUGAGUCUGAAGUGAGGCAGUUGAUGGAAGCGGCUGAUGUUGAUGGAAAUGGUACAAUUGAUUAUAUUGAGUUUAUAACAGCUACCAUGCACUUGAAUAGAAUGGAAAGAGAGGAACACUUAUUCACUGCUUUUGAAUAUUUUGACAAGGACAAGAGCGGGUACAUUACAAUGGAAGAAUUGGAGCAAGCCCUUAAAAAGUAUAACAUGGGAGAUGAGAAAACAAUAAAGGAAAUCAUUGCAGAAGUUGACACAGACAAUGAUGGUAGAAUAAACUAUGAAGAAUUUGUAGCAAUGAUGAGGAAAGGCAAUCCAGAUAUGGUGGUAAACAGACGGCGCAAAUAGGUGUAAACAUAGUUCCUUGUUUUUCGCUAAAUCUUUCUUCAGCUUUGUUGUUCAUAAAAUAUUUUUCGCCAUUCAAUUGCUUUAAUUAUUCGCUUACUACUCUAUUCUUGCUCAUCCGCCUUUGGAGGGACUAGUUUUCGAUCGGUUUCAAGUGUUUGAGGGAUACGAAAUUUCGAGACCAACUCAUCCUCUUUCUCUUCCUAUUAAGAGCAAGAAAAUAAGAGUUUUGUGAUUGUACUCGGCCAUUCUAAUUUGAUCUCAUUUUGUCUUUUGUUUUUAAGCUCAUCUUAUUAUCAACAAAGCAAUAGAAUUAUGAAAAAAAAAAAAACAAGCUUGACCUUUUCA